AUGCGAAUGCAGAGCGGAGGACAACGUACGUCAAACCCCUAUGACGAGAGGCAUCAGCUAACACAGAACGAUAGGCAACAACGGGAACUAAGACGUGAAAUACAACACAUGAUUCUGCAAAGUCAGGAAGUAUACGACAACCGCACUAGUACUGUUCCUCCUUCACAGCCUGAAGAACAAGUAGACGACGUGGCACAAGUUUCUCCACCAGACGACGACGACGAAAUGGAGGACAACCCUGAAGAACAAGUAGACGACGUGGCACAAGUUUCUCCACCAGACGACGACGACGAAAUGGAGGACAACCCUGAAGAACAAGUAGACGACGUGGCACAAGUUUCUCCACCAGACGACGACGACGAAAUGGAGGACAACCCUGAAGAACAAGUAGACGACGUGGCACAAGUUUCUCCACCAGACGACGACGACGAAAUGGAGGACAACCCUGAAGAACAAGUAGACGACGUGGCACAAGUUUCUCCACCAGACGACGACGACGAAAUGGAGGACAACCCUGAAGAACAAGUAGACGACGUGGCACAAGUUUCUCCACCAGACGACGACGACGAAAUGGAGGACAACGUACGUCAAACCCCUAUGACGAGAGGCAUCAGCUAA